AUGGAUAAUAGUCGAUUUCACUGUUGGCCUUCAAAUGCAUCAUCAACAUUAACAGAAACACUUGCACAACAUGGUUAUAAUUGUAAAGGCAUUGAUGUAAAUUGGAUAAAACCUCCACCAAAACAAGUUACUCAAGAUGUUCCAUUUAAUGUAACAUAUUCAAUUGAUUUAUCACUUGAAUUUUUCGAUUGGGCAAUUUAUCAAUUACCUAAACCAUUAUAUACAUUAUUAAAUCAAACGAUGAAUAGUAGUCAAGCAUGGCAUCAUUGGUGUACAACACAUGAGCCUACUGUUGAUCCUACCGAUCCAAGAAUUGAAUCUGAUGCUUGUGUAUGGCAUAUUAAUAUACAUGCAUGUGCACUUGGACGUACUGUUCCAUAUUGUGGACCUUGGAUUCCACCAAGUGGUGAAAUAUAUCAUAGUUUUGUUUUGGCAGGACCUUCAACUCGUAUUUAUGAAAGUACUAUAAUUAUACCUGUGUUUGGUGUAGUUGAAAUUAUUGCACAUUUUAAAAUUGGUAUUGAAGAUUGGAUUCAUAUUGCUUUAGUUAGUACAAAUAUACAAGUUAGUCGUAAAGCAAUUUGUGGAGAUGACUAUUGUGAUUUAAAUUACGAAAAUUGUUCGAAUUGUCCAAUAGAUUGUGGUAAAUGUCCUUUGAAGCCUAUUCAUAUUGGUUUAAUUACAACGGGUUGUGCGCUUUUUAUUUCUUUAUUUAUCGGAUUUUUUCUAUACUUUAAAAUUCAAGAACAACGUCUGUUAUGGGAUCCAAGUUGGAUUAUUGAUGUAAAAGAAGUUCAACCACUUCGUUCACAACAAUCAAUUAGUUUAACAUCAUUAAACGAUCUAAAAAAGACAAGUAUUGGUAGACAAACAAGUGAAACUAAUUUAAGUGUUGCUACAAAUUUUUCAAAUAUUAGUUGUACACAACAAAUUUUUUGUCCUGCUGGUUAUUUACGACAUACUUGUGUAGCUAUUCGUAAAUAUAAACAUAAACAUUUUCAAUUAACACGUCGUGUACGUGAACAAGUUCGUCUUGUACGAACAUUUAAUCAUAAUAAUGUUUGUAAAUUUAUGGGUGCUUCAUUAUUUCCUAAUGAAGUUAUUAUUUAUAUGGAAUAUAUGCCAAAAGGUUCAUUACGUGAUGUUUUACAAAAUGAUAAAAUACCAAUAACAUGGUCAUUUCGAUUUUCCUUUGCAAUAGAUAUACUUAAUGGUUUAUCGUAUAUACAUAGUCGACAUCUUAUUCAUGGACGAUUAAAUUCAUCAAAUUGUGUUGUUGAUCAACGAUUAACAAUAAAAAUUACAGAUUAUGGUCUUGAUGAUCUUCGUUUUAAUCAUAUAAGUAUUAAUUCUUAUGUUCAAUCAGUUGAAAUAUAUAAAAGAGUUUAUUAUGCACCAGAAUUAAUAUCAAUUAAUGAAUUAAAAUUAACUCCUCCAAUAGAUAUUUAUUCAUUUGGUAUAAUUUUAAAUGAAAUAGCAACACGAUCGGAACCAUUUGGGGACGAUGAUAUUGAAUCAAUUAUGAAAAUAGGUUAUCGUCCAAAAAUUGCUCAAAUGACUCAUGAUGUUAAUAAUCAUAAUGAAGAAGAUUUUUGUCCCUUACCAUCAUCAUAUACUCGACUUGUUAAACGAUGUAUUAUGGAAAAUCCAUAUGAUCGUCCAACAUGUAAAGAUAUAGAAAAAAGUUUAAAAAAAAUGUGUCCAUUACAAAUGAGCCCUAUUGAUUUAAUAUUUAAAAAAAUGUCUUUAUAUCAAACAAGUCUUGAACAAGCCGUACAAUUAAGAACAUAUGAACUUGAACAAGAAAAACAUAAAUCUGAAAAUCUUUUAUAUAGUAAGUCUAAAAAGAAAAAAAUAACAUAUUAUGAAAUAAUAUUAAAAUUCAAGUAA